GGUUUGCUUGGGUUGGAUUCUCUGCCUUAAAAAUCAUUGCUUUUGCUAGGCGGCGCUGGCACUGUUCCACCAAAUCAAAAAGGAAAAAAAAAAAGGUAGAGAAGAUUAUUAGACUAGGAGGAUCAAAAGUUGUCAUCCGUGCAACAGUAGAUGCUUCUCCAUUUCCCAGACCUCACUUCUCCCUUUUCUGUCUCUGCUGCCUGCGAAAGGUUUAGACUUCAGACUGAGAGAGCAACAAUAAGAUGGGAAAUGUUCUUAGGUCCUUGUAUGGGUGCUGCUGCAAGCCCACCACCACUGGAGAUUCCGACUAUCUGGGGCCCCAUGGCAUCUCCGCCUCCACCGUUGGUGUCUCAGCUCUUGCACAUGAUCUCUUCAAUUUUGAAAAUACCUCCCAGGUUCCUGAAGGGCUCAGCAAGCAUGUUCAGUCAUCCAAGAAGGCUCAGGCUAAAUGGUAUAGAAAGCUGUUAGAGGCAUGGAGAGAGGCAAAACCCCCACCUAAAACACCAGAAGAAGCUGCUAGGCUUGUCAUCCAGACUCUGGAGGGGCAUCAACAGGCAGAUGUUGAGGGAUUAUUGGCAUUCUAUGGUCUUCCUCUACGUCAUACUCUCAUCCAACUUUCUGCUGAAAUUCCAACAUCAUUGCCUGAAGGGAUUCAGUUUGAGCUGCAUACAUUACCAGUGGUUGCAAAAGCUGUAGGAGAUGGGGAUGGCAUGACAGUUUAUGUUAGCACUGCUGAUCCCCGGGAAUCAGAAAUCGUUCCUAGGGACGUAUUACUGGCUGCUGUUAAGCGAUCAAAGGCACGUGACAGGACCAUGGCAAAUAAACAUCACCAGAAGAUUAUUGAUUCAGGAUACCGAGUCAUUAAUAUUCAAAAUGAAGAGAUCCUUGCUCGAAAGUAUCGCAUUCGACUAAGGGGUAUAGACGCACCAGAGAUGGAAAUGCGGUAUGGGAAUGAGGCAAAAGAAGAGUUGGCUAAGCUUGUUCAGGGGAAGUGUUUGAGAGUGCUAGUAUACGGAGAAGAUCGAUAUAGGCGUGUUGUUGGUGAUGUAUACUGCAAUGGCAUAUUUGUGCAGGAAGCAAUGCUCAAGAAAGGGUUUGCUUGGCAUUUUAAAGCCUUUGAUCAACGCCAGGAAUUCGCAACUUGGGAGAGAGAGGCUCGAGAAAAGCGAGUUGGCUUGUGGGCAGAUGCAAACCCUGAGGAGCCCUGGGAAUGGAAGAGAAGGAAUAAACGACAAGGGUGAUAAUAUUGACUUGAUGGAAGAUAAAUCAUGGCAGAUGGAGGAAGAUACAGCAAAGAAUCAUCUGUAAAAUGUUUGGAGUACCGUAAAAUGAGUAUUGUAAAAUAUGUGUUGACAAGUUAAGUAUGGAAUCCCUGUGUUCUAAUAUCAUUCUUAAUAUAUAGACCUGUGUUCU